CUGUGGCAGGUGGUUGGAGUCUGAUGAUCUUUGAGGUCCCUUUCAACCCAAGCCAUUCUAUCAUUCAAAUUACCAGGAAGGUAAUGCAAAGUCCAAGCACAUGGCAUGCUAAGUGUGACAAGCUUCUAUCUCCUCCCAUGCCCAGAAGCAUGGCACUGUACGGGGAGAGGAGCUGCAGAUGGAGAGUGCUUGCAGCCCUUGGAGGGCAAUGGUGGAUAAUGCUGCCAGGAUCAGCAUUUCCAUGCCAUGGCUGGGAGAGGAAAGAGUGCUCCAGAUCAGCUACAGCAAGAACCCAUUCACCUGGGUUUGAAGCCAGGUUCAACCAAGAAUGUGAACCAAGACUUCAUGCUGGAGGGGCAGAGCAGGGAUGUCAGAGUCUGGUCAGGUUCACAAAGAGUGCAGUUGUGUUUCCCAAUAAGAUACACACAGAACAGCAGUCCCUGACUCUGGUGAAGAGGCUGCUGGCCGUGGCAGUGUCCUGCAUUACCUACCUGAGAGGGAUCUUCCCUGAAAGCGCCUAUGGAACCAGAUACCUGGAUGAUCUCUGUGUCAAAAUCUUAAGGGAAGACAAAAACUGCCCUGGCUCGACUCAGCUGGUGAAAUGGAUGUUGGGAUGCUACGAUGCCUUGCAGAAGAAAUACCUAAGAAUGGUUGUCCUGGCGGUCUACACCCACCCGGAUGAUCCUCAGACAAUUACAGAAUGUUACCACUUCAAAUUCAAGUACACCCCCAAUGGGCCGGUCCUGAACUUCAGCAGUAAGAACAAACAGGGUGAUUCUCCCAUCAGCUGUGCAGACACCAAGAAGGCAAGCAUCCUCCUCAUCCGCAAGAUCUACGUUCUGAUGCAGAACCUGGGCCCGCUCCCAAACAACGUCUGCCUGACAAUGAAGCUCUUCUACUAUGAUGAAGUUACACCACCUGAUUAUCAGCCCCCUGGCUUCAAGGAGGGCGAAUGUGAGGGGAUGAUAUUCGAGGGAGAGCCCAUGUAUCUGAACAUGGGUGAGGUGCCAACGCCGUUCCACAUGUUGAAAGUGAAAGUCACAACUGACAAACAGAGGGUAGAAAACUGUGAUGAAAGCAUUCUGAAGCAAAGAGAGUCCAGUCUGCCCCUGCCGGUGCUCACAGUGGAUGGAGAUGAAGUAGAAGAAAGCCAGCACAUCAAGGAAGAUCCCGUGUUGGAUAACAAAGUGGGAGAUGGUGAUCAUGCAGAUGCUUUGGAAGCUCAAGAGGAGGGUUUUCCUUGUGGAAGAGAUGAAGUUUUGAAGGUUGGGGAGAACAGAAAUCAGUACAGCUCCAAUCCUCAGGUUGAUCAUCUGGCAAGGAAGACCUCUGAACUUAAUGUGUCGGAAGGCAGGACGAGGAGUGGGAAGUUAUUCCAAGCCUACAUUAUUCACCAGGCUGAGCUCUCCUCUAGUCAGGACGUGCUGCCAAAAAGGAGGAAGAUAAGCGAGCCGAAGGAGCAGUUCUAGACACCCAUCUCCUGCUGUCUGCCUCGCAGGGUGCUUCUCCACACUGCUUCCUCCUUGUGUUUAAUGUGAAUGUUAAUAUUGAAAUACCUUUGGGGGAUUUCUUGUGCUAUUAGUGGUCGUAGCAUAGCAGAUUUAAGGAGAGGAAGUUUAUUAAGAAGCCCAGAUGGAGAAAUGAGCAGUGAGUUUCUAUAGGAGGUUGCAUCCCUGUCAAGAAACACACACAGAAUGCUGCUGCAAUUCUGAUCAGAUUUCUGGUGUUGAAGUUUUUGCUUUUCUUGUGAAAAAAGAGCUGGAAUUGUUAGAGGUCUCUGAUUCUUUGCACUUCUUCCAGACCAAAGUAUAGUCAUUCUUCAUACCAUUAAUUACAUAUUUUGUGCCAAAUGCAGGCAGCUGGAUGGCUGCUUGCAUAUCAUUAAUUAUUGGCAGCUGUUUGUUAGAAUGGCGUGAGGUGAUUUAAAAAAGAAACGUGUUCAGGUAGAAUGAUUAAUUGCAAGAGUUGGAGGAGGUGCCACUUUUAUUCCACCAAAGUGAUGGUUAAUUUUGGAUGUGCUGUAGAACUGGAGAGAUGCUGUCUAUUGCUCAGAGCUGCUGCUCUGUUUUGGUCUGGGUAGCUGAACGUUUCUUGACACGUUUGAAUUUGUCCCAUUUGAUCGUAUUAAAACACUGUUCUUCAACAA